AUGCUUUCUUUUUUCGUCAAAAUCAUAUUUUCAAUUCUUCCUCGUCACUUCUCUGUGCACUUAUAUCCGUUUUCCGUUACAAAGCAUCAUCUAUUCUAUUCAUCGAACGCCCACCGAUCACAUUAUUCCACCUUUAGCAUUCGCCAUUACAUUCACUUUUUUUCUAAAAGAAGGAGUUGGGGUAUAACAAGUCUAUCUCUUUAUUUUUCACUUUUUCAAUUCAUUUAUUUUGUCGUUUUUACAGACACACCGUCCUUUUCAAAUUUUCUUUCUUGCUGUCCAGGAAUAUAUAUAAAUCUAUAUCUAUCUAUCUAUCUAUCUAUCUAUCUAUCUAUCUAUCUAUCUAUCUAUGUAUGUAUAAAAUUUACUAUUUAUCUAUCUACCACUUUUGAAUGUUCCGCGCUAAUCUAUCUAUCUAUCUAUCUAUCUAUCUAUCUAUCUAUCUAUCUAUCUAUCUAUCUAUCUAUCUAUCUAUCUCUUUCUGAGUUACCCUCCUGGUUCAUAUGUAACAAGAACAUUUAA